AUGGUGUCUGGUGCUAUAGCGUUGGCCUUCCUUCCCCUGGUGUUGACUUUCAUCAUUCGUUACCGCUACUACUUUGUGCUGUUCUACCGGGCGGUGUUGGUCAGGAUGUGGUAUGACUGUAAGACGGGGCUGAGCAGGGAGGAGAGGGCCUUCCAGUACGUUCUGACCCACGCCAUCCCCGGCGACCCAGAAAGUAUCCUGGAAACCUUUGACCUCUGGUGCAACAAGGUGGAGUUCAUCAGCAACAUCGGCCCCAAGAAAGGUAAGAUAAUGGACCGGAUGCUUUCCGAGCACUGCCCUCUGACCGUGCUGGAGCUAGGUUCUCACUGUGGGUACAGCACAGUGCGUAUCGCCCGGGCACUGCCCCUGGGUGCCAGGCUCUACAGUGUGGAAAUGGACGUGAGAAACGCUGCGAUAGCAGAGAAGAUCAUACGGCUGGCGGGCUUCGACGAUGACACGGUGGAGCUGAUAGUGAGUCCGUCAGAUGAGGUAAUCCCAAGGUUGCGGGCAGACUACGGUCUGGAGCUGUUGGACUUUGUGUUCAUGGACCACUGGAAAAAAUGUUACCGUCCUGACUUGCAGGCUCUGGAGGGCUCUGGUCUGCUGGGAAAAGGCUCUGUAGUGCUUGCUGACAACGUCCUAUUUCCGGGUGCUCCUAACUUCCUCCGACACGUCCGCAAGAGUGGCCUCUACGAGUGGAAGAUCCACAGGGCCACUCUAGAGUACAGCAAGGGCAUCAGGGAUGGGAUGGCUGAACUUGUUUACCAGGGGAUCAAGUAGGGCGGGGGAAUAGUGAUGGACACACUCAUCUAUUACUUMGACAUACAAGACUGAGGUUGGGGGCAACUUACUUUUGUUCUCUGAGCCUACUAGUCUCCUGCUGCCUUCUGCUCAGUGCUCCCUGCUGGUUGAAUAUCGUUCUGAUAGUGUCUCGUGUGUUUUACA